AUGAACACAAGCAGCAGCGCGUUUCAUGAGUGCGCCUCGCCGACUGAGCCGCCCACAUCAGAGCCUUCAGACCCUGUCCCCUUUCCUAAGCGCGAUUGGUCUGAGCAGGACACGCUGGCCCUGGCUACUGCAUGGUGUGUUGUGUACAAGGCUGGAGUUCCUAAGGACGAGAAGACAGCCAUGACCAACUCGCGUAUAUUUGACGCAUUCAAAGCAGCACGCCCAAGCUCUGGACGCACUAAAAAGGCGGCCAAUAGCGAAACGCAAGCCAUUCACGAUCCUGCGGUGCUAAAAGCUCCGCCGCAGCCUGCAUCUCAAUCUCAUACCAGUGUUGUAUCCAUGCAAAGUGGGUCAGUACCAGAGACGCAGCGAGUCAAGAAGGCCGCAUCUACAUAG